CAAUUAACGUUUUGUGAGUGAGUCCUUGAACGCAGCACGGCUGCCUCGCCUGCUCGUCAUAUCGCGAUAGAGCCACGGAGCUAACGCUGAGCAACAUGGCGGAAGAGGAGGUGGCCAAGCUGCAGAAGCACCUGGCCCUGCUCAGGCAGGAGUACGUGAAGAUGCAGCAGAAGCUGGCCGACACAGAGAGGCGCUGUGCCGUGCUUGCCGCUCAGACCUCUGGCCAGGGUACCCCCAGCCCUGUAGCUGCAGACACCUUCAUUAGCCGUCUGCUGGAUAUCGUGGCCGACCUCUAUCAGCAGGAACAGUACAGUGAUCUGAAAGUAAAAGUCGCGGGGAAGAAGCUCAGUGCCCAUAAGUUUGUGUUGGCUGCUCGUAGUGAUGUCUGGAGUCUGGCGAACCUGGCCUCCACCUCAGAACUGGACCUAUCUGAUUGCAAACCUGAGGUUGCCAUGGCAAUGCUGCGCUGGGCGUACACCGACGAGUUGGAGCUCAGUGAGGACGACGCCUUUCUUAUCGACUUGAUGAAGCUGGCCAACCGCUUCCAGCUCCAGCUGCUCAGAGAGAGGUGUGAAAAAGGUGUGAUGUCCUCGGUGAAUGUCAGGAACUGCAUUCGCUUCUACCAAACAGCUGAGGAGCUAAAUGCCACCACCCUGAUGAACUACUGCGGGGAGAUCAUCGCCAGUCACUGGGAUGAUCUGAGGAAAGAAGAUUUCAGUACCAUGAGUGCCCAACUUCUGUACAAGAUGAUCAAGUCUAAAACAGAGUAUCCUCUCCACAAAGCGAUCAAAGUCGAGCGAGAAGAUGUGGUCUUUCUCUAUCUCAUCGAGAUGGACUCACAGCUCCCUGGCAAACUGAAUGAACUUGACAACAACGGUGACUUGGCACUCGACCUGGCACUCUCUCGUAAAUUGGAAAGUAUCGCGACGACUCUGGUUAACAACAAAGCCGAUGUGGACAUGGUGGACCAGAGUGGCUGGAGCCUCCUGCAUAAGGCCAUCCAAAGAGGUGAUGAAUUUGCCUCCAUCUUCCUGAUUCGUCACUCUGCUCAGGUGAACGCAGCCACAGUCGGGGCGGUGGAAACCCCGCUUCACCUGGUCUGUUCUUUCAGCCCCAAGAAACACUCUGUGGAAGUGAUGAGCGGCAUGGCACGAAUUGCAGAGGCUCUACUCAAGACCGGAGCCAACCCCAACAUGCAGAACAGCAAGGGCAGAACUCCGUUGCAUGAAGCUGUGUCAUCAGGGAAUGAGCCAGUGUUCAACCAGCUCCUGCAGUGCAAACAACUUGACCUGGAACUCAAGGACCAUGAGGGCAGCACAGCUCUGUGGCUGGCUCUGCAGUAUAUCACCGUGUCUUCAGACCCCUCAGUAAACCCAUUUGAGGAUGACGCACCAAUAGUUAAUGGCACCUCGUUUGAUGAGAAUAGCUUUGCAGCCCAGCUUAUCCAGAGAGGAAGCAAUCCAGACGCACCUGACACUACCACAGAAAACUGUCUCAUGCAGAGAGCAGCUCGGGCGAACAGUGAGGCAGCUGCUCUUUUCCUUGCCACUCAUGGAGCGAAGGUCAACCAUGUCAACAAAUCGGGUGAGAGCCCACUUCAUACAGCGUGUCGCUGUGGCCUGGCGAGCUUAACAGCGGAGCUGCUCCAGCAGGGUGCCAACCCUAACCUGCAGACCCAGAAGGCUCUGCCUGACGACACCCUUGGUGUGGCUAUGCAGACCCCCCUCCACAUGGCCAUUGCUCACAACCACCCAGAUGUGGUUUCCGUCAUCCUCGAGCAAAAAGCCAAUGCACUUCAUGCCACCAACAACUUCCAGAUCAUUCCAGACUUCAGUCUCAAAGACUCAAUGGACCAGACAGUGCUGGGCUUGGCCCUCUGGACAGGUAUGCACACCAUAGCAGCUCAGCUGCUCGGCUCAGGGGCUUCUAUCAAUGACACUAUGUCCAAUGGACAAACCCUCCUUCACAUGGCCAUCCAAAGACAGGACAGCAAGAGUGCCCUCUUCCUUCUUGAACAUCAGGCAGACAUCAAUGUUAGGACCCAGGAGGGACAAACAGCACUACAGCUGGCCAUCAGUAACCAGCUGCCACUGGUGGUGGAUGCCAUUUGCACAAGAGGAGCAGAUAUGUCUGUGGUGAAUGACAAAGGGGACCCUCCAUUGUGGCUGGCUCUGGAGAAUGGCCUGGAAGAUAUUGCAUCCACGCUGGUCCGCCAUGGCUGUGAUGCGACUUGUUGGAGCACGGGGCCCUCUGGCUGCCUGCAGACCCUCCUGCACAGAGCUGUUGAUGAGAAUAAUGAGGUCUCAGCUUGCUUCCUCAUUCGCAGUGGUUGUGACGUGAACAGCUGCAGACGGCCAGGCCCUAAUGGGGAAGGAGAUGAAGAAGCCCGAGAUGGACAAACGCCCCUCCACCUGGCAAGCAGCUGGGGAUUGGAGGAGGUGGUGCAGUGCCUUCUAGAGUUUGGAGCUAAUGUUAAUGCACAGGAUGCAGAGGGCAGAGCUCCCAUCCAUGCUGCCAUUAGCAGCCAGCACAACGUCAUCAUACAGCUCCUCAUAUCCCAUCCAGACAUCCGUCUCAACAUUCGCGAUCGUCAAGGAAUGACCCCCUUCGCCUGUGCCAUGACGCACAAGAACAAUAAGGCGGCGGAGGCUAUCCUAAAGAGGGAGCCAGGUGCUGCUGAGCAGGUGGAUAACAAAGGACGGAACUUUCUCCACUUGGCUGUGCAGAAUUCAGACAUCGAAAGUGUCCUGUUCCUCAUCAGUGUCCAAGCCAACGUCAACUCCAGGGUUCAGGAUGCAGCCAAGCUCACUCCUCUCCACCUAGCUGUCCAGGCCGGUUCCGAGAUCAUCGUCCGCAACCUGCUGCUUGCCGGAGCCAAAGUAAACGAGCUGACCAAACACAGACAGACAGCACUACAUUUGGCUGCCCAGCAGGACCUGGCCACUAUUUGUUCUGUGUUGCUGGAGAAUGGUGUAGACUUUGCCGCUGAGGAUGAGAAUGGCAAUAAUGCUUUGCAUCUGGCUGUGAUGCAGGGUCGCCUUAACAAUGUCAGAACCCUUCUCACAGAGUCCAACAUUGAUGCCGAGGCCUUCAAUCUCAGGGGUCAGUCACCAAUGCAUGUGCUAGGCCAUUAUGGGAAAGAAAAUGCCGCUGCCAUUUUUGAGUUGUUCCUGGAGUGUAUGCCUGAAUAUCCUCUGGACAAAUCAGAUAAUGAAGGAAACACAGUUCUGCUCCUUGCCUACAUGAAAGGAAAUGCGAACCUGUGUCGUGCCAUCGUGAGAGCCGGGGCUCGACUGGGCAUCAAUAAUAAUCAGGGCAUCAAUAUUUUCAACUACCAAGUUGCAACCAAACAGUUGCUCUUCCGCCUUCUAGAUAUGCUGUCCAAAGAACCCCCUUGGUGUGAUGGGUCCAACUGCUAUGAAUGUGCUGCCAAGUUUGGUGUUACGACACGGAAACAUCACUGCCGCCACUGUGGGCGCCUGUUGUGCCACAAGUGCUCUAUAAAGGAGAUACCCAUCAUCAAGUUUGACUUGAACAAGCCGGUGAGGGUGUGUGACAUCUGCUUUGAUGUACUAACUCUUGGAGGGGUAUCGUAAUACAAUGGCCUGGACAUCCUCCACUCUCUGACGCUGGCCAUGCCAGGCCCAACUUGGCACAGUUAUUCAGGCACACCAGGAGAAGGGACAUCAGUAGCAGGACAUACUAACAAGAUUCCCGGACAGUUAUGGACCAUCACCUUUAUACUAUUCCAGUUUAUGAAAAACUAUUAAUGUUCUAGAGGGACGUUUCAAAUAGAAAGUGAAACAUUUUCUUUUUGUUUCUGUUUUGAUCUUAAUGGGGAAAUGAUAAAUAAGCUCCCCCGGCUGUGUGACGGCUGGACUGAGUGUGUUAAUCGAUUUCCCGAGUUCAGUGAUGUUUGUAAUGAUUAUCUCUUAUUAUCACAGGCAGGUAGCUGCUGUAAGUAGACAUUUCAAUUCAACAAUGAACAUCUGAAUGGUCACCUUUUUUUUGGAGGCUGUUUUCCUGUUCUCUGUCGGGAUAUUUAACCAUCGGCAGCCUUCAGGCCAGGUUACUUGUCCCGAGACAAAAUUUCAACGCUAAAAACAUGAACACUUAUAGAUGCAGAUGAGACCUGCGGCUGCUGUCGACUAUGAGCAGAGUAAAACUGUAAAAUGACCCUAGAUCUACAAAGAGUGAACUGUCAUAGUGUCCUCUGUAAUCUUUCAUUCUUCUGUUAUCUCAGUUUUGUGGUGACUGGAUAAAGUUGGACAGACGAGGAGGAUUUAAAGGGAAAGGAACAAUUUUUUUUUAAGUGAGCAUAAUCUCCAAAUGAGAUCUAAAUUAGUUCAAUUCUAAUUAUGACAUUGACAUUGUGUUACAUUACUGGCACGACUGAACAAAGAUGAAAUUCCUCAUAAACAGGAUUGUUUUUCUCCAUGAUUGGUACAUAGUCUAUCAUGUGAGCAUCAGAUGAAUUAAAUGGGAUGCCUACUUUUUAAAAAAAAAAGUGACCUGAGAAAACCUAUUUUAACAUGAGAGGAAUAUUAACGUGGUCCCCUACACAAAAUGUUCUCAACAAUCCUCCUCCUACAGAAAUGCCUACUAUGCCUAUGCAUGUCAUUUAAUUUGUAGCCUUUACAUGUCAAAAUUCAGAAAUCAUAUUUCAAAAUCCGUCACCAAAUGAUUACAUUCCAUUUUUCUUUUUUUAAUCGGCCGUGAGGUCCGCGUUGAGAAGUCAUUGUCCCCCACACUGUUGCCUCAAGUCAAGUUGUCGUCUUGACCCAUCACAUGUAACGCUUCUUGAUUUCUAAGCCUAACAGGUGCACUUUAUCAAGAUCACAUGGCAUUUCUGAUCAUCAUGGGGAGAAUGUGGAGUAGAGCGAUGGCCAAGUAGUGGGGCCUCUUUAAGUAUUGUUAAAUUGUACAGAUAAAUGUGUGAUAUUUUUGACCACUACAACUGUUUUGUACUUUAAUGCAGUUUGUGCUUGUCAUUGUGACAAACCUAAAUCUUGCCUCUGUUAAUCUUUUAUGCACAUUGUUUAAUCUUUUAUGCACAUUAUAUUGUAUCUGUAUGCUCAGAUAUCUAGCCUGUCUCUUCCUGGUGUAUCCUUUUAGAGAAAGGGAGGACAACAACUUUACAUAAAGGUCAUCAAAAACCAA